UUUGGUCCAAUGGUUGACAAAGAAACAAUAUUUUUGUGCGCAAAGCAAAUAAACCAAUGUUUUCACUGUUGACCAAACAUUUUUGUUAGUGCGUCACAGCAAAAGUUAAACCAUAAUAAGUCGUCUUGUCUGAACUGAAAGUACGAAACUGCCUGCAAAAUUACAUUUAUUGUUUAUCAGUUUGCCUUAUAAAUGGAACCAGCUUGUAUGAAAAUGACCCUGUUGGUCUUCCUAGCCGUGUUUGCUAUGAGAGCAAGAUCCCAAACUCAGCAUAGCAUUGGGCCCUACACAACGAGCGAGACUGAACGAUGUGUGUGCCAGCCACACAUCACAGUCAACCCGCCAGUUUGCGGGCGAUCCGUUCCCGUGAACUCCGGUACCGGCGGCUACAACUGUACGACCGUCCAGGAAAUACUUCAUACAGUAUCAAUACGUCAAGAUGAGUUGCAGUUCACAGUCGCAGCAAAUCAGGAGACUGUUUCCUCCGAGCUUACUGAUACUAAACGUACAGUCGAGGAAUUGCAGAACACAGUCUCAGCGGUCUCCUCGGAGGUACAGGGUUUAAGACGACAGCUUGAUGAUCUUCAAGUGUCUGUUUCUAACUUGGUUGAAUUCCUUCAUGUUAGACUUGCCCCUCCAAAUGAUUGUUCCGAGACUCUUGCGAGGGGUGAAUUGAUCAGUGGCGUGUACUCGGUACAACCUCUAGACUCCGGUGAAGCUUUCCAGGUAUACUGUGAUAUGGAAACAGACGGUGGUGGAUGGACGGUUUUCCAGCGGCGUCAGGACGGCAGUGUAGAUUUCUAUUUGGACUUUGCCAACUACAGCCGGGGCUUUGGGAAUCUAGAGGGAGAGUUUUGGCUGGGUAACGACAACUUGCACCGUCUGACUGCUCAGGGCGAGUACGAACUCCGCGUAGAUCUCACAGGCCUCGACGACGAUACCGGCUUUGCUAUUUAUGGCUCGUUCAGCAUCGCCGAUGUGAGCGAUAACUACCGGCUGAUGGUAGGAAGUUACUCUGGAACCGCAGGAGACAAGUUAUCACCCCACAAUAACCAGGCCUUUACGACCAAAGACCGAGACAACGAUGCCAAGAGUAUUUAUAACUGUGCUGAGCGAUGGCACGGAGCCUGGUGGUACAGUGCCUGCUACUACUCCAAUUUGAACGGGAGAUACUUCAAUGAGGCCACUACGAACCAAGAAGGAAUUGUGUGGGCUGGCUUUUCGGGUUGGCGCUCACUCAAAACAACUGAGAUGAAGAUUAGAAGGAAAGUUUAG